AUGAUCAAGAUGGUGAUAGUAGAUGCUGUCCUUAAGGCGAAAAUCAUGAUCACUGUUGAGGCUUUGUUUGUGGACGGAGCCACGGCAGCGACUGACAUGAGUGACGACCAAGACACCAGUACGCUAGUCAAUCCAGUGACUAAACACACCUGGAAGUUUGGCAUUCUCGAUGGUUUGUAUCAGUCGGUCGUGGAGACUCCCCAGCAGAGCAAAUCGCUAGCGCUGCUGCAGGUGAUCAAAGAAAUGGAGGCGAAGAGAUGA